AUGCCGGCUGAGCUGCUGCUACUGCUGAUUGUUGCCUUCGCCAGCCCCAGCUGCCAGGUGCUCUCAUCACUGCGCAUGGCUGCAAUCCUGGAUGACCAGACAGUGUGUGGCCGCGGUGAGCGUCUGGCCCUGGCCCUGGCCCGCGAGCAGAUCAACGGGAUCAUCGAAGUCCCAGCCAAGGCCCGAGUGGAAGUAGACAUCUUUGAGCUGCAGCGGGACAGCCAGUACGAGACCACGGACACCAUGUGUCAGAUCCUGCCCAAGGGAGUCGUAUCUGUCCUAGGACCCUCGUCCAGCCCUGCAUCUGCAUCCACCGUGAGCCAUAUCUGCGGGGAGAAGGAGAUCCCUCACAUCAAGGUGGGCCCUGAGGAGACACCCCGCCUUCAGUACCUUCGCUUCGCGUCUGUCAGCCUGUACCCCAGCAACGAGGAUGUCAGCCUGGCCGUCUCUCGAAUCCUCAAGUCUUUCAACUACCCCUCGGCCAGCCUCAUCUGCGCCAAGGCUGAGUGCUUGCUGCGAUUGGAGGAACUGGUGCGCGGCUUCCUCAUCUCCAAGGAGACGCUGUCGGUGAGGAUGCUGGACGACAGCCGGGACCCCACGCCACUGCUCAAGGAGAUCCGCGACGACAAGGUGUCCACCAUCAUCAUCGACGCCAAUGCGUCCAUCUCCCACCUCAUCCUCCGCAAGGCCUCGGAGCUGGGAAUGACCUCAGCGUUUUACAAGUACAUCCUCACCACCAUGGACUUCCCCAUCCUGCACCUGGACGGUAUCGUGGAGGACUCCUCCAACAUCCUGGGCUUCUCCAUGUUCAACACCUCCCACCCCUUCUACCCCGAGUUCGUGCGCAGCCUCAACAUGUCCUGGAGGGAGAACUGUGAAGCCAGCACCUACCCGGGCCCCGCGCUGUCGGCUGCCCUGAUGUUUGACGCUGUGCACGUGGUAGUGAGUGCUGUCCGAGAGCUGAACCGCAGCCAGGAGAUCGGCGUCAAGCCGCUGGCCUGUACUUCGGCCAACAUUUGGCCCCACGGGACCAGCCUCAUGAACUAUCUGCGCAUGGUAGAGUAUGAUGGGCUGACCGGGCGGGUCGAGUUCAACAGCAAAGGGCAGAGGACCAACUACACACUGCGCAUCCUAGAGAAGUCCCGACAGGGCCACCGCGAGAUUGGGGUGUGGUACUCUAACCGGACCCUAGCCAUGAAUGCCACCACCCUGGACAUCAACCUGUCACAGACGUUGGCCAACAAGACGCUGGUGGUCACCACCAUCCUGGAGAACCCGUACGUCAUGCGCCGGCCCAACUUCCAGGCCCUGUCGGGGAACGAGCGCUUCGAGGGCUUCUGCGUGGACAUGCUGCGGGAGCUGGCCGAGCUGCUGCGCUUCCGCUACCGCCUGCGGCUGGUGGAGGAUGGGCUGUACGGGGCACCCGAGCCCAAUGGCUCCUGGACGGGCAUGGUUGGCGAGCUCAUCAACCGGCAGAAAGCAGACCUGGCUGUGGCUGCGUUCACCAUCACGGCUGAGCGGGAGAAGGUCAUCGACUUCUCUAAGCCCUUCAUGACCCUGGGGAUCAGCAUCCUCUACCGCGUGCACAUGGGCCGCAAGCCUGGUUACUUCUCCUUCCUGGACCCCUUCUCCCCUGCUGUGUGGCUCUUCAUGCUUCUCGCCUACCUGGCUGUCAGCUGCGUCCUGUUCCUGGCCGCCAGGCUGAGCCCCUACGAGUGGUAUAACCCGCACCCAUGUCUGCGAGCACGCCCCCACAUCCUGGAGAACCAAUACACGCUGGGCAACAGCCUCUGGUUCCCCGUGGGGGGCUUCAUGCAGCAGGGCUCAGAGAUCAUGCCCCGGGCGCUGUCCACGCGCUGCGUCAGCGGAGUCUGGUGGGCCUUCACCUUGAUCAUCAUCUCCUCCUACACGGCCAACCUGGCCGCCUUCCUCACCGUGCAGCGCAUGGAGGUGCCUGUGGAGUCAGCUGACGACCUGGCAGAUCAGACCAACAUUGAGUAUGGAACCAUCCACGCCGGCUCCACCAUGACCUUCUUCCAGAAUUCACGGUACCAGACGUACCAGCGUAUGUGGAACUACAUGCAGUCAAAGCAGCCCAGUGUGUUCGUCAAGAGCACGGAAGAGGGCAUCGCCCGUGUCCUCAACUCCCGCUAUGCCUUCCUGCUUGAGUCCACCAUGAAUGAGUACCACCGGCGCCUCAACUGCAACCUCACCCAGAUCGGGGGCCUCCUCGACACCAAGGGCUAUGGCAUCGGCAUGCCGCUGGUUCUCAGCCUUGACCCCAGGACCUUCUGUCUCCACAUCACACCCUCCUGGAUUGGCUGCCUGCAGAGGUGGGGACCUUCCUGCUGCGGAGGCCCGGACCCCCAGACUGCAGUGCCAGUCACUCACCUCACCACGUUCAGUUCAGACCAGGCCUGGGGUCCUGCCUCUUGCUCUUCUGCACCCCAAAUCCUGCCUGGCUCCAAUUUGGUCCUACAGAGACCUGACUGCACCCACCCGCUCAUGCGCCCACGGAUCCCAGCAGCCCCCAGGAGAGAGGCCAAGGCCCUCAGGACUGGCCUGUGCUCCAGCCAGGCCACUGCCUGUGCACAGCAGGCUCCUCCCAGGCCCCUGUCCCAGCUGUGA